GUCUCCAUGCUGACCCUCCACGGUUCAUGUUUAACACUGUGAGGUCAUUCCUUCAGUGUGUCAUGUGUAGUUUUCUCUGCGGGUGGAUCCGGAGCAGUUCAGUCUGAUGAACACGGAUCUGUCUGCAGCCCGGUGCUCUGUUUUACCAUGGAUCUGGAUUUCAUCAUAACGUAGAAGACUCGCGAUCUAUUCCGGCGACAUAAGUAAACAGCCUGGACAUGGACGGUCACGGGACGGACGCGAGCAAGCUGUCCGAUGAGGAGCUGCUGAUGCUGGGGAAGGAGGAUGUGAUCCGAAGGCUGAGGAGGCUGGAGAGCCGCAACAUGGACCUGAUGCUGGAACACGCGGACAUGAUGAAGGACGUGAACCGCAGCCUGCAGGUCCAUCUCCAUGAGAUCCGGAGUCUGAAAGACGUCAACCAGAAACUUCAGGACGAUAACCUGGAGCUGCGGGAGCUGUGCUGCUUCCUGGACGAUGACCGGCAGAAAGGGAAGAAGGUAUCCCGGGAGUGGCAGCGGUUCGGUCGCUACACGGCCAGCGUCCUGUGGAAGGACGUCGGACUGUACCAGCAAAAGCUUCAGGAGCUGGAGGCCGGUCAGGAGGCGCUGAGGACGGAGAACAUGGAGCUGAAGGAGAUCGUCCUCAUGCUGGAUGAGGAGAGGAGGGGAGCCGGCUCCCGGAGCUCCAUCGACAGCCAGUCCAGCCUCAGCAACCUGAAUGGUUCGGUGUCAGUUCGAGACGUCGGGGAUGGAAGUAGCACGUCCAGUACGGGAAGCAUAGGCAGCCCGGACCAUCACCCCCACAACCACCUACAUAAAGCCCAAACAGCAUCUCUGAGAAGGUCUAUGGACGACCUGUCCGCCGCUUACCUCCACAGAGGCACCGGGCUCAGUGAUGCACCCGUGAGUUACGUCACACAGCUGGAGACAAAGGUGAGGAUGCUAGAGGAUGAAAACGAGCGGCUGCUGUCACAGAGUGCUGCUCGGACCCCCUCACCCACAGGGUUCUACAUCCCCCCAGGGCAGAAACCAGAGGCAAUAGUCCAUGCAAUGAAGGUGUUGCAGGUCCAUGAAAAGCUUGACAGACAGGGUUCACAGGAAUAUGAUGAAGAUCUCAGUGAAAAAGAGAAGGCCAUCGUCAGAGAGAUGUGCAAUGUUGUUUGGAGGAAGCUGGGCGAUGCCACCGGCUCCAAGCCGUCCGUCAGACAGCAGCUCUCAGGAAACCAGUUCAAAGGGCAGCUACAGUUGUCGGACACCAAGUGAAGCCAGACGUCCCAGCAGUCGAACAAUCCUAGCCUGAACUAAACUGAGUUCUAAUGGAUGUAUGUCUCACUUCUACCUGGUGUGUGCCUGAGACACAGAUUGUAUGAAACAUUCUAAACUGCUGGGUUUGGGUUUACCUGCCAUCGUCUUAGAAGCAGAAAGUCUGAAUGUGGGAUAUGUGGGCAAAGCCUGAUUGGAGUUCCAACACAAGAUGCAGUCACCAUAGCUGAAUGGGAUUAGCCAGGGCUUCAUUUGAAAUCACAUCAAUUCUGCAACGUAUACUGUACGCCCAGCCUCCACACUACUACUACACCACACCACUUACACAGAGAGGUUUUAGUUUGAAAACACUGGGGCAGUAUUUUAGUCUGGACUGGCAGGAACAGAGAUGUUUGGAAACUAUGAUGUAGACACACACAACUGCUUCCUGAUUGGGUCUUUAUGGUCAUACUGUAACCUGACUCGUCCCAUGACCCUCUUCUGAAAGAAAACAAUUUGUGUUAGCCUCCGCUGCCAGUGUAGAACACAACAUGGAUUAUUAUUAUUCGAAGCACUUGCUGGCCAAUUGCUGACCCUGUUGUCUUUGCUUUCAGCAGUGAGAUUCAGCAUUCUGCAAUGAUACAAGUAAUUAUAUGUGCAGGAGACAAACUGUUUUUCGAGCACUCUGAGACAAUUCCCGUGUCCAGCGGAAGCACAUGCCCAGUGUACAUGAGCCGUCUCGUAACAUAUGUUUUCACGUGUGUUUGUAAGGGGAUUAAAAUUGAAAUGGAGCAAAAACGUUUGUGUGGACAGAGAUUGUUUGGCGUUUUCAAACUAAAACAACCUGUCAAUCAAGUCAACACUACCAGAAUCAUUCCCUUUAAGCCUUAAUAUUUCUUAAAUGGUUAAAUAUUUCUCACCCUGACACAUUAACUUAAGUUCUUAGAAUCAACUGGUUGAAAUGUCCAUGAGACGAAGCAGCUGAACUUCUGCCACCUGCUGUCACAGGGACCAGACCAAACAGCAGCUCAUUGCCCUGAUAGUGACCAUGACUGUCUCUGCAGGCGCCUUGUGUCUUGAGUUUUUUUUUUUCCAUAAGAAAAGGAAGACAUGUAUUUAAACAGUUCAUGAGGUUUUCUCUGAUUUAUAUUUCCUUUCAUUUGUCUGAUUAACCAGAGCGUCCCUCAAAACAUUUCCCAGACAUUACAUGACCUUUAACAUUGUUGUAAAUGCACAGUAAGAAUGGAAAAAGGUUAUGAAGUUCUAAAAGUCACAUAUUAAUUAGUGCAGAGCCUUAUUAAUGUGCACACAAGAUACUUGUGUGUGCACAAGAUAAAAAAAACAUGAUUCAGGAUUCAGGUUUAGGGAUUCAAGUUCAAACUGUAGAGUUACAUGUGCAUGCACUGACACUACUGUCUCUGAUUUCUGAAACUUAGCCAAAAUGUAAAAGACAGUUCUUAUGUAGAAAGCUUAUAUUUUAUUUCGUUAUAAAUUCUGAAGACUUGCUGUGUGUGCUUUGGAGAUGUUAGCAGCAGCUUUAAAACACAGGACACACACUGUGCAUACAUGAGCUACCAUGUAUUUCCCUGUUCAGUUUACUAUUACUCUGUGACUUGUUAGGAAAUGUAAUUGCGCUGUGUUACCAACAAAAAGACUGAUAAACUAACUUCACAUCUGUCUUUCAUUCAGAGACAUGUUUAGUGAAACACAGUACAAACAUUGGAAGCAGAGUCAUCCUCCAUCAUUAUAAAAAGCUCUACGCUAACAUGGUGUUGGCUAUGAGCUAGCCACAGAUGCACCACCCAUUACUGUCAACAAGUCAAGUGAGAAGUAUUUGUGACUAGACAAUUUGAAUAGGCUGCACAAUAUAAACAGGGCAGCUUGCAAAUAUUGAAAUGCAAACACUGAAAGGUGAUAAAUGACCCAUGCUAUCAGUCUUUCUGCUAAGCUAUAGGCCUUAUACAUCUUGUGCUGUGCUGAGCCACAGUGAUUCAAAUGUAUGCUCUCUUCUUGUGGGUGAACCAUGUUUUCUUUAACAUCAUCAGUAACUCAUGCUUAGUGAGCUUUGUUUAUCACUGUCCAACACAAGCUUAUGUUAUGUUUAAAAACUGAACAAAUAUCUUUUUUAUUAAUUUCAAGCAAACUUUGAUCAUUUCAGGUGAAUCAACUGCACACACUUCAUUCUGCCACAGGCAUUUUAAUCAUGACACAAACUUUGAAGAGACAAUUUUACUUUCCCCAAAGAAUAAUCAAAUAAGCUCAUCUCAGAACAGCCAGUAGAGGGUAACUUUGUUUAUUUUUUUCAUUUCAAUGUGGAAUCUGUAAGAGGCUGAUCCUCUUAGAAGAGCAGGGCAUGACUGGAGUAUUUGACAUAGUGUGACACUUUUGAAUUUAUAUGACAAUUGUUGAGAUUCGGGGUGUUGUUAUAUACCAAUAUUUAUGAGGACCAUGGAAUAAAUAAAUAAAUGUUUAAAUUCAUAUGUUAAUAAUACACAUGAAAAUCAUUUAAAUAAUCAAGCACCUCUUAUACACUGUUUGUAUCUUUCCGCAGUGAAGCAAUAAUUAUUUGUUUCACACUCCAACAUAGCAUUUUGUUUUAGUUUCAGUGUAAUUUGCCAAAAGAGAAAUAAAAAAAAAUUAAUUUGAAUGAAAGUUUUUCAUUAUAUAUUGCAAUAGUAUCAUUAUCAAGAAAAACUUUGGCAGUGAUAAUCAAUCAUGUAGUGAAAGUUUGACAUCAUGACAGCCCCAGUUGAGAUGAUUAUAAAUGAGGUGUUGCAUAGUGAAUUAUAAUGAAGGUAAUUAUGCUAUGAUAUCUGCUUCUAUACUUUUCUUUUCAAGUACAGUCGACCAUACAUUUGCAGAGUUAGUUUUGCUGUAAAUCCUUUCUCUGUUACACACAAAACCGCAGACUGUUUCUAUUUGUUGAGUGUAAAGUUUAGUUUUAAGAAAAAUAUAUUUUUCAUGGUGACAUUCAAAUGUUGACUGGGCUCUAUUUUAAUGACCUUAGCUCAUAAAUUAAAGCUUGUGCAGCAAGAUGUGACCAAAUCCACUUUAACUAGCUUAAUGGCAGAGGUUCCUGCUUAAGGUACAUGGCUCAGAAGGUUUGUAAUGAGUCUCUUUCAUGGUGUUUUGGGGCCUAACAUGCAAUAAUAUAUUUGUUCACCUUGUUUAUGUGUUUCUAAUAUAACAGUGAAAUGCUGCAAAGCUGUCUUCAGACCAGGUUUUCGUUUGUCAAUCACUUUCUGCUGCCUUAAGAUAAUAAUGUAUCAACAUUGCAACUGACCACAGCUCAUUUGAAGUCCAGCGUACACACCCAUGGGUGCUCAGAUGCGCACGAAUACAUGUUCUAUUUAAAUAACUUUCAAACAGCCACCGCUGGUGUAAGAUAAGACCCUUUGACUGAAAUGUUCCUCCAUGAUGGUAUAUUUUAGAAAAAGACCUGAAGAAGCUGUUUAUCAAUACAUACUUCCUAUAGGUUACCAUUGUGUAGCAUUCCUUUAUAUUUUUGUGAAAGGUGUAUGUAGCUUGAAAUGUAUUUUAGCAGUAUAUGAUAAUGAUAUGAGAAUGUUUUAGAUGGUUUUGGAAUAAAAUUUAAAUAUUCUUUUCUUUAUAAA